AUGCCCCUCCCUUGCCGCUGUCCGCCUGCCGAGAGCGCCUCCACGCCCGCGCUCUUUGGCGAGAGGAUGCCGGCGCCGUUCGUGCUCAAAACGCUGUGCGUCGUCGAGUUAGGAAGCACCGGGACAAUGUCCCGGGGUGAGCGGGUGCUAUGGAACAAGGAGCGGCGAGGCGGCAAGCCCCUUCCCGAAGGCGUGGGUGCACCGGGGCAGCCGGGGGGCACGGUCGACUCGGGCGCGUCGGGGCUCAGCACCGCGACGAUCGACGGGCUCUCCGUGUGGGACGGGCCCGACGUGCCCGAGUUCGCGCAGGUCGUCGUCGCGGCUGGGGGUGCCUGGGGCAGGCACGAAGACGCGAUCCUCUGCGCGGGUGCAUAUUGCGUUGUCGCGAGCUGA